UCGAAGCCGCUGCCUUGUCUGUUUGAACAGCCAGCUGGGAGGGUAUAAUGAGAUGAAAACAUACCAAUGAUUAGCAAUCGUUUACCACAGCAGUAUUUGAAUUUCAUGUACUACGGACAGGUCGAUGGCCAUUCAUUUCCGUUGCGUGUGGAAUACAUUCUGACCGAGUCUGUGACCCGUCGGGACGAAGGCAAGCAAUUGGAUUAUAUUUCAAGGCCUGCACAAGAGAUGACAGUUAAAACGAUAUCUUUCAAUUUUUGACCUUCUGAGAGGAAAAGAAGAGAAACGCCAUGAAUGAUGCGAUCUACAUCACUGCUGCAGUCAUUUCGACGCUCCUCACCCAGAUCAAGUCAACCAACGGUGAAGAGAGUAUUGGCAUCAAUGGAGGGGGCGCCAGUUUCCCUGCAGAGGUAUACCUAAGAUGGCAGAGCAGUUUCUCAGCCGAACGCCGGGACUAUGUUCUCCUGAACAUGACGUAUGAGCCCGUCGGAAGUGGGGAAGGGAAAACGUCCAUCUUGAAUAAUGACAACGGCUACAUGUACGCCGGGUCGGAUGUGGACUUUUCAACGACAGAAAAAGAGCAUGUUAAGGACUUGGUUAUAUUUCCCUCACUUGCUGGAGCAAUCGUGAUCGCUUACAACAUACCUGGCCUACCAUCAUCUCAGCAACUCAACUUAGGUUCCCACCAAUUGGUUGGAAUUUUCAACGGAACUAUCAAAUGGUGGAACGACACAUCUCUGUCAGCGGCUAACCCCAAUGUCCCGCUUCCAAUUGCACGGAUCCUUCCUGUGGUCCGAGCAGAUAAGUCCGGGACCACGAAAGCCUUAACAAAGGCUCUGAGCUAUUUUUCGACACAGUGGAACCAGACCUACGGCACCUUCGAGAAUGGUCUCAACCCGAAAACAUGGCUGCCGUACCACUGGCGGAAUGAUACAAUCAUGUAUUACGGCAAAAAGACAUCAGGCAUGGCGGGGAUUCUCACCUCCAUCCGGUAUACCAUCGGAUAUCUUUCCGCCGCUGACAUAGCUGGUAAUGCAGACAUAGGCAGAGCGCGAAUUGAGAACAGGGACGGCCAUUUUGUGGACAGUACCUUACAAAAUGUCAUUAAUGCAAUGAACCAGCAACGUGAUAGGAUGAAAAGUUCUAGUUCCUUCGUAACCGACCUCUUCAGCGCAAGAGGGGCAAAUUCCUACCCUCUCUCAAGUUUUUCCUACUUCAUCAUACACAGCCACCACAAUGACAAUUGUGAUGCAACCAUAGAAUUGAUACGCUAUAUUGAAUGGUUCCUUUACGAAACAGAAGCUAGGGAUAUCUGCAGUUUGUACCAAAUGGUCUCAAUUAGUAAGCUUCUGGCUGAUGAGAUCAGAGAUACUAUUCUGAAGACAAUGAAGUGUGGAAGCAAAAGCAAUGAAGAUGCGUAUCAGCUGAUGUUGAAGGCGAAGGAAACCGAAGCUAUAGUACCAAAAACAUGGCUCUUACCUGUGGCUAUAACGUUACCCAUUGCGUUAGUUUUGAUCGGAUUUCUUGUUGGCUAUCUCUUUUACCAGAAGUACAAACUAUGGAAAAUGAUUAACAGCAACGAAUGGGAUAUACCGUUAGAUGAUAUUUUGUUCUUCUAUAACCAGAGGAAGAUGGGGUCAACGAGUCGUUCUCUGUUUGGAAAGUCCAGGGUUUCGUUCACGUCUUUGACGAGUGAGGACCUCACUGCGUUGGAUGACAACGAUGCCCUCGUCUCUCAGAUCAUCCAGUGGCCAGGGAAAUGGAAGGGGCACACUAUAGGAAUCAGGCUUAUGAACAUAUCGGACAUGAACGAUUUGUCUCAGUCGACAAAGCGCAUGUUAUUGUGGAUCAGAGACAACAUUAUCCAUCAGAAUGUGUUGAGGUUCCACGGGCUUACUCUAGUUGAUGCUGACCGGUAUGUUGUCAGUGAAUAUUGCGCGAAGGGGCCAAUGCUAGACAUUCUUCAGGAUGAGAAGUUUACUUUGAAUAACGAUAUAAAAUUCAGUUUAGCCACGGAUAUCGUGGCGGGGAUGUGCUAUCUUCAUUCUCACGGCGUCGUCCAUGGGAAUCUAAAGUCUUCGUGUUGUAUAAUAGAUUCACGAUGGACGGUCAAGAUUACAGACUGGGAAUACGUCCAUCUUUACGAAACCUUAAAACAGAAGAAGAGCCCCUUGUUGGCGAUCAGACCAAACGCAGACGAUGUAGGAAAACAACAAGCUGCAUUUCGGGAGUUUUGGACAGCACCAGAGAUCCUGAGGGCGAAUUUUGACAUUGAUGUUUCACAAAGUUGUGAUAUCUACAGUUUUGCCAUAAUUCUUCAGGAGAUUUUCAGUCGUGAGGACCCCUAUGCUGAGCACGCAGAUGUGAUGAACCCGGACGAUGUUCUCAAGGCUGUUGUUAACAACUGUCUACGCCCGGAGCAUACGGACGAGUCCCCCGUACGGAUCCGGCAAAUAAUGGAAAUAGCUUGGGCGGAUGAUUCGAGUACGCGCCCAAGCUUUGAACAAAUCGCAAAAAUGCUCAAACACGCCAACCCAACGAAGAAAAACAUGUUAGAUAGCAUGAUGGAAGCGAUGGAGGAAUACACCAUCCAAUUGGAGGAGAAAGUCGAAGAGAGGACUUCUGAAUUGACCUCGGCGAAGGCGAAUAUGGAGCAGUUGCUCUUCGCCAAUGUGCCGAACUUUGUGGCGCAGAAACUCGUCAACAACGAGUCUGUGCCGCCACAGGAGCAUAAAUCAGUCGCGUUGUUGGUUGUGGAGUUGAACAACCUCGCUGCGGCCUGCCAGGAAAACAAACCAGACAAAAAUAUGCAGCUUUUGAGUGAAUUACAUCGUGAUAUUGACGUCAUUGUUGGUAAGAGACGAGACAUAUACAAGGUUCAAUUGUUCGGGGAUACGGUCAUCUGCGUUUCCGGUUUGACCAAAAAGUUCGGGAAGAAACAUGUGCUCCGGAUGGCGGCGCUGGCUCUGGAACUGGUCAAUCUGGCCAUCUCGAAAUAUCAGCCUGAAGAAUCCACAGACUCUUUGAAGAACAUCAUCUGCCGCUGUGGCCUUCAUUGCGGACCUGUCCAGUCGGGAGUUCUUGGUAACAGUGCCGGAAACUACGUCAUAUUCGGUGACGCAAUCAACGCGGCCAUUACUCUGAUGUACUCGAGUUGCGCAAUGAAGAUACAGAUCUCAGAACAUUGUUACAAGGUGCUGCAAAACACUGGCAUGUUUCAGAUGGAAAAGGCAGCAGUUAUAACCCUAAAGGAUCGAUCAACGAUGCAGACGUAUUGGCUUCUCGGCAAAGAAGGUGUGAAGUAUGGGAUACCGGACACGGACCAAGAAUCGGACAGUAAGAGCACCAGUACGAAGAACGGAAUACCUCCCGUUAGCGUCGUCUAGCAUUCUUGUCCUAGUUACUAUGUGUCACGAAACAGCGACUCCAGAAAUAUCAUGACGACAAAAAGAUACACAGACUAAUGAUCUGAAGAAUGGAUAUAUCUAAUGAACAUAACUUCAGGGAAGGGUGGGCGCGCGGCGUCCACAACGCAUUGCAAGAGAUGACACUGACUAGACUGAUUCGGGCUUGCUGCUCCACCGUGUCCCCAACAUAGUGAGAGAGAUGCGACAGCCGUUACAACCAAGCCUAUUCGGGUCUGGGUACCUGGCCUCCACGACACAUUGCAAGAGAUUGGAUAGGCACAACCUGACCGAUUCGGGCUUGCUGCUCCACCGUAUUGACAACGAGGUGAGCGGCUAGAGAGCUACGACAGUAACAACGUCACUCACUCACCGUUUUGCCAACACAGUGGAUCUGCAAGCCCGAAUCUGUCAGGCUGUGCCAGUCUCAUCUCUCGCAUUGUGUUGGGAACAUGGUGGGGCAGCCAGGUCCAAUUUGCUCCAUGAUUCAGUCAUGUUGUGACUGUCUCAUCUCUCUCACUAUGUCAGCGACACGGUGGGACAGGCCCAAAUCGGUUUGGUUGUGACUGUCUCAUCUCUCUCACCGUGUUGGCAAUGAAUCAGUCUCUCCCCUUGUUGGUGACACGAUGGAGCUGCCUGGCUUAACUUAGCCUGGUUGUGACUGUCUCAGAGCUGCCAGGCUGAAUCAGUCUGGUUGUUGCCAUCUUAUCUUUCUCACUGUAUUGGCAGUACAGCGGAGCUUCCAGGCCUGAUUUGGUCUCGUUGUGACGGUCUCAUACCCUCUCACCCUGUUGGUGAAACGAUAGAGCUAAUGGGCUUGAGUUAGCCCGAUUGUGACUCUAUCAAGAGCUGCCAGGCCAAAUCAGUCCAAUCGUCACAGAGUUGGUGACUGGGUGGAGCUGCCAGGCCUGGCUGAUUUGGUCAUCUUGUUGUGACUGUCUCAGCUCUCUCACCUGGUUGGAGACAAGAUGAGGCUGCUGGGCUUGAUUGAACGUAGUUGUGACCGUCUCAGAGUCCACCAGGCCCGAAACAGCCUAAUAGUGGCCGUCUCCAUGUCACUUAUCAUGUUGCUUGGAAACACAGGGAGAGCCUGGGCCCAGUUGUUAGAAAUCGCCUUGGUUUCUAACACCUGGGCCAAGUUCUGAUUCACUCUGGUUGCCACUAUCACAACCAACAGAAGGGAAAAGAAAUUUUG